AAAAUAAACAAUGGAGAUAAUAAUUGAAGAAGACAAGAGUAUUUUCUCCGGCGGCUUGGACUGGAGCAGCUUGCAUAGACCGCACCUAUCAGCGAAGUUCUAUCGUUCCUCCUGGAAGUCCGGGCUCGUACAAUUUUCCGCACAAUGCUACAACUUUUCACGUUCCAGGCCAUUAUAUAUUCCUUCAUUCUCGGAUUCAUCCUCAUCGUCCAUUCACAUGAUUCCAGAUCUAACCUCCGUCAUUCCCGCCGGGAAAUGGAUAUGCCCACCGAACCGGUAGAUUCUCUCCAGGUGCCGGCGGGCUCACCCUUCAAGAUCGCUUUGUUCGCCGACCUGCAUUUUGGAGAGAACGCGUGGACAGAGUGGGGCCCGCGCCAGGAUGUAAAUUCUGUCCUAGUAAUGUCUGCCAUCCUCGAUCAAGAACACCCAGACACUUCUUGACAGAUUUUGUGAUUUAUCUUGGGGAUCUCAUCACUGCAAACAAUAUACCAACAAAAAAUGCUAGCUUUUAUUGGGACCAAGCAAUCUCUCCUACCAGAGCAAGAGGAAUUCCUUGGGCUAGUGUUUUUGGUAACCAUGACGAUAUGCAGUUUGAGUGGCCAAUGGAAUGGUUUUCAUUGUCCGGAGUCCCUCCAAUCCAGUGUCCACAAAACCUUUCAUACCCUGGAGGCAAAGAAGAUUGCAGCUUCAGGGGAACAACUCGCUUGGAUUUGAUAAAAAGUGAAGUGGAGUGCAACACAAUAUUAUCAUACUCUAGAAGUGGUCCAAAGGAUAUGUGGCCCAGUGUUUCCAACUACGUCCUUAAACUUUCAUUGUCAAGUGACCCUGAGCCUGCUGUAGUGUACAUGUACUUCCUAGAUUCUGGUGGUGGCUCAUACCCUGAGGUUAUCUCUAAAGCCCAGGUGGAGUGGUUCAACCACACGGCUCAUGAACUCAAUCCGGAUGCAAGGGUGCCAGAGUUGAUGUUUUGGCAUAUACCUAGUCAAGAGUAUCAAGAUGCUGCUGCACAACUUUCUCAACACAAAAACUGUGUGGGUUCAAUGUUUGGAGAGAAAGUUGCUGCUCAGCAAGCUGAAAUGGGGAUUAUGGAGCUCCUUGAGGGAAGAUCUUCUCUGAUGGCAUUGUUUGUUGGCCACAACCAUGGAUUGGACUGGUGUUGCCCCUACAAGAAGCUGUGGUUGUGCUAUGCUCGUCAUACCGGCUAUGGUGGAUAUGGGAAUUGGGAUAGAGGGUCAAGGAUUAUCGAGAUCACCCAGCGUCCUUUCACCCUAAAAUCGUGGGUUCAGAUGGAAAAUGGUACCGUCCACAGUCAAGUUGUCUUGAGCAGCUUUUGAUCUGCCCGCCUUUCUCAACUUUUAUAUUACCAGAAGUCGUGAACUUUACAAAUGAUUCUACCAAACGGUCAAUAUUUCACCAUCUCUUUUGGAGCAAAAUUGACAUGUGUAGAUCAAACACUAGGUGAUACAAAGUCAAAGAAAAACUUAAAAAAGUUAUCGGAAGAUGAUCAACUUCUUUUGAUUACCGUGCAAAAGUAGUGCAUAUUGGCAUAUCGAAUUUUAAGAAUUUGCCUGAUUUGACUGUGAAUUAUUUGAGAAAGGAGAAGGGAUUUCCCCUAAAUAUUAUUCAAUUAAAGCCAAGUUCCAAGAGGUGACUACUUUUAAGUGCUGAC